AUGCGUGACCUGGAAGAGGAGCUGGCAACCUCAAUUCAGCGUCGGCAAGACCAACAUGGGAACCCCCUUGCAGGACUCUUCACGUUGACAAGGCGCAUGGAGACCGAGAUCGACGAUCAGUUCGACGUCGAUAUGACCAUACUGGAUUUCCUAGCAUUCAAGGCGACCGAGUCUGUGUUUGAGUGGCAUUCGCGGUCGGAUCCCUUCCAUUCAGACCUUCCCAGCGCCUUGGUAACAACGACUGCUGAAUGGAGGAAUGUCCUCAAACAUAGGUACGACGGACGGCGUCUCAACAACCAAACGGCGCUCCGAUCGCGGCUGCUGCAGUUUGCUCUACUGUUUACUCACCGUCUAAAUCAUGACAAAACAUGGACAAACGAAUUUUCGCUGAGUGAGAUUCGUGCUCGAAACAGGAGUAGGGGCCUGUAUUGGUCCCAAAAAUGUACACACUCUCCCGCUCUAAGAGAACCGUUUGAUGUCCGCAGCGAGUUCCCACUGUCUGAUGGAGCCCUGGCACAACGGAGGCACGAAUUGGCAUCGAGAUUAAGUAUACCCGUGGACAAGAGAAGAUGCGUCACAGACGUGGAUGGCACUCCUUCUUUACACUGUCUACUUCCACUCUUCGUGGAGCUCACGGCGGCCAGAGCUUCUCUUGAAGACGAGUGGUUUCCUACAAGAGAAUGGAUGCAUCUAGCCGGGCAGUUCAUGCUUCAAGCCGUUCUUGAGGAGUACCUGCGAAAUGGUGCGUAUGGAGAAGAGACGUUCAAUACCAUAUUCGCAUUUGGUUGCCCGGGGACAGCUGAGGAGGCAGGGGAGGGUGACGAUAUCCGAGCCAUGCGCAGGAUCUUCUGCAACAAAGCCAACCAGCACGAACAGGUGCAUGGGUGGGCCAAGAUUCGGCGCCACUAUAUCAACGAGCUUCUUCCCAAUUCACCCUCCGUAUCGCAACUCCAGGCCAUGGAAGCAGCCCAGGAUCGGUUCCCAUACCCCGCUUUUGAGGCAGAAGUCAUGGCGUUUUUGAUCUCUUUGCAUGAAGGGUUCGACAAGCCUGAUCUUGUGCAGGUUGAAGAAGGCCGCAUCACUAUUCAUGGGAAUGAACUGGGAGAGAAGGAAUCAAGGGAGAUGAUUCGUCGCAUGCAUCUCGAUGCCUAG